AGGGGCUUUACGUUAAUGAGCGUUUCGCUUCCUCUGUCGCUCACAUGUCUUGCGGUUGUGCGCUAACAUAUUUUCCUAUUUAUUGUCGUAUUUAUUAAUUUAUUGGUAAUGAUGAUCGUUUCAACGAACCAGGGCAAUCCGAAUGCGUUGAAGUUAAUUAUCGCGGCUAAAUUAGCCCAAGAGCCUGUCACCGUUAAAAUUGUAAAGCCUAAAGAUACUCUUCUAGGACGCUUGCCAACGUUAACUACAUCUUCCGGGUUAUCUUUAUUCAGUGUUUCCUCAGCACUGCGCUUCCUGUUAUCCAUAGCUGCAGAAUUGGAGAUUCUUGAUAAUAAGUGGUUGGAAUGGGAAAUUUCUCAAUUACAGCCAGCGAUAUUAAAUUAUGCAAGUGGGAAAAUUUCUUCCAAGGACUUACUGUCUUUACUCAAAGAUCUCAAUAGUGAAUUAAAAGAUAAACAGUACUUAAUUCAGACACAUAGUUAUUUAUCACCAGCAGAUAUUUCUAUUUGGGUUAGUAUAUGGAGUACUCUAUUAGUUACGGAAUGCAAAGAUAUUUCUGUACAUUUGCCAAACAUCAUUAAUUGGCUAACUAACAUAGAACAGCAUUCAGUUAUUCAGGAAUCUAUUAAAGAAUUUGACUUUGUGAGAGGUCCAAAGGCAAUUACAAGUAUAGAAGCUGCUUCUUGGUUUCCUGUCCAUGUAGUUUCAAAUAUUCAUGCUCGUGAAUCAAUAUCAAGUGAUACCAGUCCAACUAAGGAAAAGGAGAUGGAAGCUGUUAGUGAAGAAGAACUUCGUAAUGUGACUAGUAGUUGGUCUACUGGACAAUAUCUAGAAGUCAAGGAAACUUCAUAUCCAAUAUUACCCAAGAAAGGUGAAAGGAAUGUAUUGAUAACAUCAGCUCUUCCUUAUGUAAAUAACGUUCCACACCUGGGAAAUAUCAUUGGAUGCGUUCUUUCAGCUGAUAUCUUUGCAAGGUACUGCAGGCAAAGAAAUUAUAACACUCUCUACAUAAGCGGCACUGACGAGUACGGUACUGCGACCGAAGCGAAAGCUCUGCAAGAGAAAACUACUCCUCAAGCUAUCUGCGACAAGUUCUUUGACAUACACAACGACAUUUAUCGCUGGUUCGGCAUUGGAUUUGAUUAUUUUGGCCGCACUACUAUACCCGAACAGACAGAAAUCGUUCAGUCGUUUUUCCUGAAGAUUCGGUCGCAAGGUUACAUAUUGAACGAAACCGUAGAGCAACUACAUUGUGAGUACUGUGAUCGAUUUCUCGCCGAUAGAUUCGUGGAAGGCACAUGUCCCAGAUGCAAAUACGAGGACGCGCGCGGUGAUCAAUGUGACGGCUGUGGUCAUUUAGUGAACGCGGUCGAGUUGAUAGAACCACGAUGCAAGAUGUGUAGCACUAAACCCACCAUUAAGAACUCGGUACAGUUCUUCCUGGAUUUGCCCAAGAUAGAAGAUAAGUUAAAACAAUGGUCCGCGACCGUAAACAAAGAGUGGUCUAGCGUCGCGAAAGUCGUGUCGAAGUCAUGGUUCCGCGACGGCCUUAAGCCACGAUGCAUAACCAGAGACUUGAAGUGGGGUAUACCGGUGCCCGUAAACGGGUUCGAAAAUAAAGUAUUUUACGUCUGGUUUGACGCUCCUUUCGGAUAUAUCAGUAUUACAAAGAGGUAUACCAAAGAAUAUGAGAAAUGGUGGAAACCUCAGGAUACAAAAGUCGAUUUAUGUCAGUUUAUGGCGAAGGAUAACGUCCCAUUCCACGCGAUAAUGUUUCCUGCUUGCUUGAUAGCGGCUAAUCAAAAUAAUACGUUGAUCAAGUAUUUAAUGGCAACUGAGUACCUAAAUUAUGAGGAUAAAAAAUUCUCCAAGUCCAGAGGUGUUGGAGUAUUUGGGACCGAUGCCAGAGAUACUGGCAUCCCAGCGGAUGUGUGGCGAUUUUAUUUAGCCUAUAUUAGACCCGAAACUCAAGAUUCCAAUUUUAAUUGGAUAGAUCUAGCCACGAAAAAUAAUAGCGAAUUACUCAAUAAUCUUGGCAAUUUCGUUAAUAGAGCUCUAAUGUUUUCUGAAAAAUUCUUCGACUCUAAUAUACCGCCGGUAAAGCUGGAAGAAGCCGAUUGGACCGUGUUAGCGUUAGCACAACGUGAACUAGCAUCUUAUAUAAAUACUAUGGAGCAAGCCAAGUUGAGAGACGGCUUGAAGCAUAUACUGGCGAUCUCGAAACAUGGCAAUCAGUACAUGCAAUUCCAGCAACCGUGGGUAAAAAUUAAAGGAACCGACGAUGACAAAAAUAGAGCCGGGACCGUUGUCGCAAUUUGCUGUAAUUUAGCUUGUCUCUUAUCGGCUCUUCUGGCUCCUUUCAUGCCUACUACAGCUAAACAAUUGAGAUCUCAAUUGGGUUUGAGUAACAAAAGUUACGGUUACAUUCCCGAUAUGAUAACGAACAUGUUGCCUACUUGGCAUAAAAUUGGCAAGCCCAGCCCGUUGUUCACAAAAAUUGAAGAGCAGCAGGUGGAAGUGUUACGGAAGAAAUAUGCUGGACAGCAGGAGGUCAAUGGUUGUACAUCGAAUGUGUCUUCCGACGACAAUAUUACGUCUCUAGAGGCUGCCAUCACGAAGCAAGGUAAUCUAGUUAGAGAACUGAAAGCAAAGAACGAUAAAAGCGUUUGGAAGCCUCAAGUAGAACUUUUAUUGAAUCUGAAGAAAAAGCUUGCCGAUCUCAAAGGCAACGCGGAGAAGGCGCCUGCAAAGAAGUCACCUGCGAAAAAUAAGAAAGCUGACUCGACGAACAUGCAAAAGCAAAACUGUAACGCAAUUACUGCUAAUCAAGAAUCCGCAACGAGACAUACUGACGAAACAAAACUUAUCGACCUUAAGAACAAGCAAACUUCUAACGAAGAAUCACCGAAGAGGGAUGUCGAGAAUGCUCUGACGGAUGUAGCGAUGUUAAAAUCAGCUAUCACAAAACAGGACAAUCUCGUGCGAGAGUUAAAGGCCAAGGGAGACGCGAGCGUGUGGAAACCGCAAGUGGAGAUAUUAUUGAAAUUAAAACAGCAGUUAAUGGAUCUCACUGGAAUAGCGCCAGUUGUCGAUAAGAAGUCCAAGAAGAAAAAAUAACUUGUUUUUUUACCUUAAACUAACAAGACAAUUUCGAUUAGUUAUAUCAUACAUAUGAAUUUCUCCAAAUUUAUAUUCUAUUUAUGCGUAGCUGCGUCGACGCGUAUACAAGGCAUGACAUUGUAAUAUUUUACUAAAGAUAAAAAAAUAUCUUAUUUAAUGCUAUUAUUGUAUUUUACAUUUGCACGCAGUGCAUCAGGGUUAUCUUUGGAAUGUGAGCGGAGUAGUGAAAAGACAUUUGUACUUUACUUAAACACAUUCGUUCGUGUUUCUUACUUUUUGCGCACAGCGUAUAUCUGUAUACAUAACAAUGAUCUGGUAAAUAAUUUAUAAGAGAUCGA